CUACAGCCCGCACGCACCCGCGCUCACUCACCACUACAGCCCGCGCGCACCCGCGCUCACUCACCACUACAGCCCGCGCGCACCCGCGCUCACUCACCACUACAGCCCGCGCGCACCCGCGCUCACUCACCACUACA